AUGGUCUGCCACAACCUGGGUCGGGCGGGCUUCGCGUUGCUUGCGACCUUGUUUCUCGGCUUGCUGUCCCUGGCCUACGUGAUGAACUUCCUGUGGACGUGCAGACAGGGACCGGCGCCCGAGUUAGAGGAAGGCACAUCCAUCCUGAAGGAGGCACCCGUCCUACUUGGCCUGGCACAACCUGCCGCAACUAAAGCCUCAGCAGAGUUGCAACGAGAAGACGUGCAACCAGAAGACAUCCUCUACGGCCAUAUUCAUAUGGCCAAAGCUGGAGGCUCUUAUGUGAACACCGAGCUUGCUUUGAACUUUGAGCGCGUUUGCGGGCACAAAGGCUACUCAUAUGACGCUUUCCAGGCCAACCUCCGCUAUAAGGAGCGUCGUCAGUACCAAGACGUUUUCGGCAGAGUUGCCAGGGGCUAUGACCGAUUACGAGUUCCCGAGUUUGUCAUGGAAGAAAUCGGCUACGAGGACUGCGAUCUGGUGUCGCACGAAGUGCCAUGGUCCUGGUGGAAGAAGUUCAAGGCAUGGAAAGUUGAGUUCCACCUUCCUUGCCGAGACCCUGUCGACCACAUCCUGUCGAUGUGCAACCAAAUAGGGAAAGGCUUUGACUGCCGCCUCGACUGGAGGAAGGAGGUUGAGAAAUGCAUCAUUUGGAUGAACAGGUUUGGCAUUCAAUUGAACUCCUCAGCUGAGUUUCCGAACGCCAGGCUCAAGUGCUACAACUUCUCGAUGACCUCCAAGUACAUCCAAUACAUGAGCACAAAGCUGCAGAAGAAGAAGCGCCUGUCUACCCUGGUAUACCGUCCAUACAAUGAUCCGAGGAACCCCGCCAAGGAGUGCCUCUUUAGCAACGAAACAGCCAACCACCUGGUAAGCACGUACAUGAGGACGCUGCCUUAUUACGCCUUCUGCGACAGGUGUUUAGGUUCAGAGCAAGAUCUCCUGUUGUGA